ACAAUGAAGAAGUCCUUGUUGAGUUGUUUGUGUACCUUAUUUGGGUUGCUAGCCGCCGGAUUCAUAGAAGAUAAAUAUCCGAAUUCAAAUAUAGGCAACUGGCUUGCUGAAAAUAAUAAUGAGUUGACAAGGAACUUGUUUUAUGAACUUCAAAAAGAUUAUCCAGGAAAAUCUCUCGCUGUAACAUCCGUGCCCAUUUUGAACAUUUUGGGGCAGCUUGCAUUAUAUUCCAAAGGAGAAACUUUUGAAGCUAUCACAGAUACACUGGGAAUUAGGAAUAGUACUGAGGUGAAGAGGACUUUCCAAAUGGCAAACGAAAAGACAUUUGAUGACAGUGAACUUCCACUCAGAUAUACAUCGAAAAUAUACGCGGAUGACGAAGAUCAAUUUUGUCCGACUUUCAAGAAAACCUAUUCGAAGUACUUUAAAGGGCAAACAGGAAAUGUAGACUUCGAUAGACCACAGAAAGCGGCAAAAGAAAUAAAUAAGUGGCUCGAAGAAGAUUUCGAUCAAUAUGGAAACGCGGAUUUAGUUGAUACAAGCGUAAUUAAGGAGGGCGAUGGCUUCGUUGUAGUUGGUUCUCUCGAACUAGAGCUUGACUACAAUACUGGGCUCAAUCCAACGAAAGUGAAAACAAUGGAUUUCUAUUUAAACGCUAAGAAAAAGGUAAAGACACCUGCUUUGGUCGGAAAGGCAAUCGUAAAGUAUGCCAAGGUUUCGGAAUACGAUGCACAGUUCAUCAGCAUAUCGCUCAAGGGAGGUGACUUCACACUAUUCGCAAUUCUUCCCGAUGAGGUCAAUGGAUUAUAUAAGCUCACACAGAAAUUCAAAAGUUUGAAAACUGACGUUUACAAUAAAAUCAGUCCAUACCUGGAAUAUAAAUGCGUCGAACUACAAAUGCCCCUUGGACAAAUACUGACUCAAGGUGACAUUACGGAGGCCCUCAAAAAGAUACAGGACUUGGACAUUUUGUUUGACAAAAAACGGGCCCAGCUCUGUGGUGUGACCAACAACUGUGAGCCCGGUGUAAUCAAAAGUUUCUUGACCGAAACCUAUCUUGUUGACAAAAUAAUUAAAGAAAAUAGUUUCGAUGAAGUGAAGAAACCCAAUAAGGUAGAAGAAGUUUGUCCAGGCAAAGACAAACUGAUCACUGUUGAGAUUAAUCGUCCAUUCGCAUUUUCCGUAAUCAACAACGUCUUGGAUACCACUCCGAAAGCAUUGCUUAUUGCUGGUGUUUACUAUGGCUGAAUAAAUUAUAAUAGAAGCUUAAUAAAGAUUUGUUUCAAGGUUUAGUGUGUAUUUGCUUAAAAUCUGGUAGCACUUGUGAAUUAAUUAAAUUGUAAAUCAAUAAAUGAAUUUAAAAUUUAACGAA